AUGGCUGAACACUUUAAAGAGGCGUGCAGAUGCUCUAUCUGCUCUGGUCACCUCCAAAAGCCCGUGUAUCUGAAGUGUGGUUACACCUGCUGCCUGCGCUGCACCGCCUCCCUGCAGAGGGAGCCCGACGGGGAGGGCCUCCCGUGCCCCGGCUGCUCUGUGGUCUCUCGGCAGCAGGACAUCAAGCCUGCGUUCCCGCUGAGGAAUCUGGUGGACGCCGUCAAGGAGCUGGAGCCCCAUCUGAGCGCCGUUCUGUCCAUGAACCCCAGGAUGCUCAAGUUCCAAGUGGAUGUGACCUUGGACGAGGACACGGCCCACAAACGCCUGGUCAUCUCUGAGGACCGGAAGACCGUCCAAUGUGGGCUCUCCCCACUGACUCGGAGGGAGCGUCCCGAGAGAUUCGACUGCGCGUUGGGCAUCCUGGGCUUCCCGGGGUUCACUUCUGGACGCCAUUACUGGGAGGUGGACGUGGGCAGCAGCAGAGAAUGGGACGUGGGGGUCUGCAGAGAGUCGGCGAAGCGCAAGGGGCCCAUAGAGCUGUCUUCAGAACACGGCUUCUGGACCCUGAGUUUGAGAGAUGACGGCCGGUUCUGUGUCAGCACCGUGCCUUUAACUCGCCUGUUUCUGGAGCCCAGGUUAACCCGAGUGGGGGUUUUCGUGGACCUGGAUAUUGGGACAAUUUCCUUCUGUAACGUGGCCGAUGGAGUCCAUCUCUUCACGUUCACCAAAAUCUGUGCCCAAGAGCCUCUGCGCCCAUUCUUCGCUCCGGCAGACGUCGCCCGCGGUGACAAAGGCUUCCUGCGUGUCAUCCCGUGA